CUUAUUAUUAACACAUGACCUGAUCAAUUUAGAUUCAUUAUUGUUAUGAAAUCUACUUAUACUUACUUUACAAAUAUCCUUGAUCCGAUCAGAAUGAUUCAAUGAACUGAUUUUAUAUAAUCUAUUAUGAUGAUUAACUGAUUAAACCUUCUCUCUUCACAAUACAUGGAUUCCUUUGAAGAAGAAACAUCUUCAACAAUAUCAUUAACAAGAAAUAAAUACUAUUUAAAUGAAACGUCGAAUUCAGUUGAAAAUAUCCAACGAACAUUUUCUGAAACAGUCCUAUCAUCUUUACGGAACCAAUCAGAUCGAUCUUUAUAUAAUAGAGAGUACAAUUUGAAUUUAUCGUCCUAUAUUACCAAGUCCGAUGAUAAAGAGAACUACGAAUCUCCUAGAUCGAUGCAAAUGUUGACUCCCAAUGAAAUUAUGCAUAAUCAUGAAUCUUUACCAGGAAGUCUAUAUGAAAGUGACCUAUCUUUUCCAAAUAUCAUUGAUCAUUAUGAUCUUUGUACAUUGAAUGAUGGUUUACAUUCACCAUGGCCAUCAAUUGAAGUAGACCAACUGGCAAAUUGGUUAAUUGAGAUGAAUUCAAUGAUUUUUAGUAAACCAUAUAUUUUUCCAAAGUCAAUAUGUACAUCAUCACAGUUCUCUUCCUCCGUCUCACAAUCAUCUUUUUCAUCUUUAGAAUGUAUUGAAACUGAUGAAGAACAGUUGAAGAGUAAAUGUAACAACAGAUCAAAAUGUCGCUUGCCGAACCUUAAAUUUAAGCAUAAAAUUAUCAAUUUAUCAAAGUUGGAAAUGAUUCAUAAACAUUUAGUUAUUAUCGACUGUCGAUAUCCAUAUGAAUAUGAUGCUGGACAUAUUUAUAGUGCUAUCAAUUUAUCUGAUUGGCCACAUCUUUGUAAAUACUUUUUCGGCGCCAAACAAUCUAUUAGAACUUCUGAAGCUGAUCUAAGUAAAUCGUCGUCAUCAUCUUCAACUGGACCAUUUGUUAAACCAAAACCAUCUUCUACUUUAUUUGUAUUACAUUGUGAAUUUUCUACAAAACGUGCACCACAAUUAUUUCAUCUAUUACGUAAUUAUGAUAGAACAUUACAUUUCACUUCAUAUCCUGCUUUAAAAUAUCCAUUUGUUUAUAUAUUACGUGGUGGUUAUUCUGCAUUUUUUAAAAAUUAUCCACAUUUAUGUGAACCUUCUAAUUACUUACAAAUGCAUAGUAGACCAGAUCUUUUAAGUAUUUGGCGUAAACAUUGCAAUAUUGUUAACAGACAACUCAUUAAUGAUAAUCCACAAGUAUGUGUUUAUAAUGAUCAUCAUGAAGAGUUAACCAACCAACAUUCGAAUUUGAACAUUAAAGUACCAUUGAAAAGUAUUACAAAUUUCAAAUAACCAAAAAAUAUGACAUUUUGAUCACUCUUCGUAGAGUAGCAUAGUCUGAUCAUCAGUAUAAGCAAUUCAAAUCUGUCCUGGAUAAUACUCUUCAGGUGCUUCCAAAUCCCGAUGUAUUAUAUUCUUCAACCUUUAUGUUUUCCGCUUGCAUUCAGGAUUUUAGAUUAGCGCUUGCUUCGUGAUGUAAUUCCAUCAAGUGCAAUGCUACUCACUUGUUAGUUAUUUAUUUUUUUUUAAAAAUUAUUCAACAAAAUAUUUUUUUCCAUCUCAUUUCUUCUACUCAUAAUUAUUGAUAUAAGUAGUAUACAUUUCAUUUUUAAAAUGAUUUUACAAAGAAAAAAAAUGUAUCACUUAAAAUACUGAUUCAAUUCAUUAAAAUUGGAACCUGAUAAUAUAAGC